AUGCAUCACAAAGAAGAAAGCAAACGCAUGUUAUUCGAACUGGAAUUCCUUGGAACGAGACUACACGACACCUGUUCUACUCAGCAACCUUGAUCUGGGAAUUCGACAGAAGCUCGCAGCUCUCACCGGAGAUUAAAAGCCUCCUGUAUUUCGACGCUCAUCGACAUGGGCGAGAGGCGCAAGCAUGAUGCAACAACGAAGAGAUGAGAUUCUGGCGAAGAAGGCCAAGCUCGCGGAGCUGAAGCGGCAAAGGGAACUCCGGACGAGGGAAAUAUCCACCAGUAGGCAGAGCAUAGGUAGUUCCAGUGACCUCACAGUUCCACCCGCAAGUCGAGCAGAUAAUCGCGAAGAAUUAGACAAGUACAUCUCGUCGAUAUUAGUGUCUGGAGAUAAGAGUAGGCCAGGCUCGACUGGCCCUGGAGGAGCUGGUUCUCCGGCUCAGAAAGGCAGUCGUCCCAACAGCGUUCUAAGUGCUGGAGAGCUUAGCAACGAAAACUCGGAACCAUCUGUUAACCAUGCCCAACACCCUCAGUCCCUCUCGAUAUCUACCCAGACCCUCACGACCGUUCCUCUAUCCACCGUCUACGAAUUUCAACCAUCACCAGUAAAGGAAGUCUUCUCUUACAGUAAAGGAGUACAAACGACAGAAGAAUGGGGCACACAGACAUCACGUCCAAAGGCAGUGGAAGAUGAGGAUGAAGACGAUGGCGACUUACCCGUCACUGCAACGCCCAACAAGAGACUUAGUAGGCGAAUGCGAGAUCGAGAGGAAGAACUACGAGAGAACAUUCGAAGGGAGAUCGAGGAAGAGCUCAAGGCAGCCCAAGAGUUGACAGUGGAUGGGCCUCUGAAGAUCUCAACAAACACUGUCAAAGCCAAUUUCCCAGCCAGAGCCCUCACAAGUGAAGAGCUGAAUGCUGUCACAUCAUCUGAUGAUUUCAUGGACUUCGUAGAGAGAUCCAGCAAAGUCAUUGAAAGAGCUUUGGAUCAGGAAUAUGAUAUUUUGGCAGACUAUGCACUCAGCGGAACGAACGGGGUAGAGGAUGAAGACGACGUGUAUGGCACAGGAAAAGGUCGCCGGAGAGUUAAGGAAGUUGCUCAAUUCUACGAUGAACGAUGGUCGAAGAAGAGAAUGGUCAGUGACAUCAACUUCUCGCCCAAGUUUCCAGAACUCGUCCUUGCAGCAUAUACCAAAAAUCCUUCGGCACCGCAUGAACCAGAUGGACUUGUCCAGGUAUGGAACAUGCAUCUCCACGAUCGACCAGAAUUUGUGUUUCACGCACAGUCAGAUGUUUUAGCGGCCAAAUUCUCACCAUUCCACCCAAAUCUCAUUAUUGGAGGGUGCUACAGCGGCCAGGUUUUGCUCUGGGACACGAGAGCCAAAUCAUCACCAGUACAAAAGACGCCUCUCACGGGCUCAGGACACACUCACCCUAUCUACUCCGUCGACAUAGUUGGCACUCAAAAUGCCAACAACAUCAUUUCCUGCUCAACCGAUGGCGUCGUCUGUGGCUGGACGGUAGACAUGCUUGCUCAACCACAAGAACUCCUCACACUCACCACUCCACCACCUGCCAAGACUGAAGAUCUCUCUCCAACAUGUAUGGCCUUCCCGCAAACGGAUCCAACUUAUUUCCUCGUAGGUUCCGAGGAAGGCACAAUCUUCCCCUGCCACCGCUAUGAUCGUGCUGGGGCGAAGGCAGGAGUCGAUCAACGAGUCAGCUAUCGUGGUCAUGCAGCACCAGUUAUGUCUAUUGACUUUCAUCCUGCCAGAGGACCAGUUGAUCUUGGCGAUCUCGUCCUCUCUUCCUCCCUUGACUGGAGUGUCAGGCUGUGGAAAGUCCGUGCACCUGCUGCAACAUCCACAACUGGAAUCACAGGCGAGGGCCACUCGGUGAUCCCUAUCCUCGACUUUACCCGUGAAGAUGUCGUCUACGACGCUGCAUGGUCGCCAGUAAAGCCUGGUGUGUUCUCUCUAGUUGAUGGUGCAGGCAAUCUCGAAGUCUGGGACAUUACUGUGGAUAUCGAGGUCCCGCUUUCCAAAGUCUCGCCCAGUAGCAGAAAGGGAGGAAGAAGCAUGAUGUCAAAGAGUCUAAAUAAGCUUGCUUGGGAAGAAACAGAAGGCAAGAGAAUAGCAACAGGGGGUAUCGACGGUACUGUCACUGUAUUUGAAGUCGGCCCUGAUCUAGGAGGCAAAGAGAGUGCCAGAAAUGAAGAGUGGACAAAUGUCAAGAAACUCAUUGCGAGAUUGGAAAGUACGGCUGCUGGAGUGGUCGCUAAUGGCGUGAACGGGGUAUAGGCUACAGUACAUACUCUGAGGAGAUAUCGAGAACAGAUGGAGGCAAGAUUCCGAUCAUAAGUGCUGUAUGGUAGAUGUGGCGUUGCGUGUGCAUAUACCCCAACCAAAUCGAGGUUUUUCAUUUGUUAUUGCAUAGGCAUUAGUGGUUGCGCAUCAAACAGAUCCUUUGUCUCCAGUCUCCUUUUCAAUACUUGCACUUCUUGUUUCUUCCCGACUUGAUCAUCUCUACUUCACUGCUCUCACUUCUGUCCCGCACUUGCCAUGUCAGUCACGAAGUUGCAGUUGGGGGCCAAAUUGUGCCUCUUCUCUCACUCCACAAUUAGACUAGCCCACUCAGUUCAAGCCAGCUGAAAAU